UGCACUUUUCUCCAAUGAGCAGCACACACCGAGGCGGGGCGAUGCUCCACGUGGAGCCCGUCACCAAUCACGAGCCGGAGCGGCACCGCGUCACAGCCAGUCACACACUUUAAGAGCAGCGAGUCUCCUCUGUUCGCUACAUUUUCUGCUCGUAUCACAAGAAAAGAAAAGUGAGGAAGAAUGGCAAGAACCAAGCAGACCGCUCGCAAGUCUACUGGCGGCAAAGCCCCCAGGAAGCAGCUGGCCACCAAGGCCGCUCGUAAGAGCGCCCCGGCCACCGGAGGCGUCAAGAAGCCCCACCGUUAUAGGCCUGGUACCGUGGCUCUGCGUGAGAUCCGCCGUUACCAGAAAUCCACCGAGCUGCUAAUCCGUAAGCUGCCCUUCCAGCGCCUGGUCCGCGAGAUCGCUCAGGAUUUCAAGACCGACCUGCGCUUCCAGAGCUCUGCUGUCAUGGCUCUGCAGGAGGCCAGCGAGGCUUACCUGGUCGGACUCUUCGAGGACACAAACCUGUGCGCCAUCCACGCCAAAAGGGUCACCAUCAUGCCCAAAGACAUCCAGCUGGCUCGCCGCAUCCGCGGAGAGAGAGCUUAAGCUGCACGCUCUCCU